AUGUCGAACCCCGAACAUAGCUUGGGGGUAACGCCUCCUAUCUCGACCGCGCUGCCUACCGAUGCCGAGAAACGACAGACCGACGCCCUUUUCAAAGAGCUGCGCGCGCAGGGCACGUUCGAAAGUCAGGCCGAAACUGAGAAGAGAUGGGCGGUGCUCGCAGACCUCCAGCGCAUCACUGACGAGUUUGUGAAGAGGGCCGCCCAGGAAAGUGAGCCGCACAACUCCAUCCUCAUUCGUGAUGCUCGAGGCAGAAUUUUCACCUAUGGCAGCUUUCGCUUGGGUGUGUAUGGGCCGGGAUCCGAUAUCGAUACCCUCGUCGUCGUACCCAAGUACGUCACUGUAAAGCAAUACUUCGACAUCUUCCCCAAGCUUCUCGAGGAAAUGGCUCCCCCUGGCGCUAUUACCGACCUGACCCCGGUACCCGAGGCUUUCGUUCCCAUCAUCAAGUUUGAGUACUCGGGCAUCAGCAUCGAUCUUAUCUUCUGUUCGAUUCAGAGCCUUCGUCAACUUCCCGACGACAAAGAGUGGAACUUGAACAACAACAACCUCCUGCGCGGCUUGUCCGAAAACGAGGUGCGCUCGCUCAAUGGAACACGCGUAACCGAUGAGAUCCUUGCGCUGGUCCCUGAAGAGAAAACAUUCAAGCUUGCACUUCGCGCCAUCAAGCUCUGGGCUCAGAGAAGGGCUAUAUAUGCCAAUAUUAUGGGUUAUCCUGGUGGUGUGGCUUGGGCUAUGCUGGUCGCCAGAGUAUGCCAACUCUACCCGAAGGCGACUAGUGCUGUCGUUGUCCGGAAGUUCUUCACCAUCAUGCUCAACUGGCCGUGGCCGCUCCCGGUUCUCCUGAAGAAUAUCGAAUACAACCAGUCCAUUACGCGUGUAGCGGUGUGGAAUCCCAAGAUAUACCCGAGUGAUCGCAAUCACAAGAUGCCCAUCAUCACCCCGUCAUACCCUUCCAUGUGCGCAACACACAACGUUGGAAGGUCUUCAAUGGCGGUAAUUCAACAGGAGCUGGAACGCGGGGUGCAAAUUGCCGAAGAGAUCAUGCUGGGUAAAAGGCCUUGGAAAGAUCUGUUCGAGAAACACACCUUUUUUACCAAUGGCUUCAAGUUUUACCUGACAGUCAUUUCAUCUGGUAGGACCAAAGAGGCGCAAAAUACCUGGUCUGGUUUCGUCGAGUCAAGAGUGCGUGUUUUGGUCCAGAAGCUUGAGCUGCACCCUUCCAUCGCCCUUGCACGCCCCUUCAACAAAGGUUACGACAGAGUGCACCGAUGCAAGACAGAUACUCAGGUCGAAGAGAUCCAAACUGGAAACCUCUCAUACAUGGUCAAGCCGACGGAUACAGCCACGAAUGGGAACGCCAAGGACGAAAGCAAAGUUGAAGUCAAGGCGGAGAUCAAGAAGGCGGACGGUGUUGCCCCGGAUUCGGCUGUGCCGACUGUGAAGGAAGAGCCGAACGACGUGGUGCAUCUAGGAACGGUACCUCUUAAGCCCGAGGAGACACCCGUAAAGCCCGAGGCCAAGGACGAAGACGAUGGCAAGGUUAAGCUGGCGGAUAUACCGGAGAAGGAGCUGGAGAUUGAGAUUUAUACCACUAACCAUUACAUCGGUCUGCAGCUGGUGGAGAAGGCUAAGUCUCUGGAUCUGUCUAGAGAAGUGGACGACUUCAAGGCAAUGUGCACUUCGAACGACAUCUUCAAAGCAGAGUUGAUGGGAUUGACUAUCCAACACGUUAGGAAUUUCGAUCUCCCCGAUGACGUUUUCGAGCCUGGAGAGACGAAGCCUACGAAGCCGGUCAAGAAGAAGAAGCGUAUGGCAGAGGGCGAUCCUGCGAACGGCCCGAUGGCCAAGCGACAACAGAUGGCGACCGCGCCCCCGACCAUCAAGAGCGAACAGUGA